AGUCUCCGCCAUGAAGUUCCUGGUUUUAGUUCUGUUGGCUGCCGCAGUGGCAGCAGAGCAGAAGAGGGAAGCUGAACCUCAUUACGGAUAUGCUGGAUACUACGGCUUGCCUUACCGUGCUUAUGGCUAUGGCUACGGCGUCCCUGGAGGUUAUGUGCGCGUGCACUCUGUAGGAAAACGUGAAGCCGAUCCCGAAGCUGAACCACAUUACUCCUCCGUCCACGCAAACGGCAUCAGCAAGAGGGAGGCUGAGGCCGAGCCAGAGCCUCAUAUCAGAGGCUAUGGCCUUGGCCUUUACCGACCCUAUGGUUUUAGUCUCUAUCGUCCAUUUAGCUAUGGCUAUUACAGACCAUUUGGCUAUGGAUACUAUUGGUGAGUUGUUUCCAUCCUAUAACCACUAUUGGAAACGGAAUAAAGACAUGCCUUAAC